AUGCUUGAGCUGCUUGUUCUCGAGUUGUAUACGACGCGCCGUGACGCGACCCGCAAGAGCUAUGCUAACAUCGAAGCACGACUAGAGCUGGCCAGUACUGGCAGGGCUGGCUGCAAGAAUAAAGAAUGCCAGGAGAAAAAGGAGAAGAUCCUUAAGGGAGAGCUGAGACUAGGCACAUUCGUUGACACCGAGCAGUUCCAGAGCUGGGCGUGGAAGCACUGGGGGUGUGUGACUCCAAGGCAAAUUGCGAGUAUCCAGGAGAUCGUUGAUGAGAAUGGAGACCGUGACAUGACGCUUCUGGAUGGCUACGACGAGAUCCCAGCCGACAGCCAGAAGAAGGUCGCCGAUGCCGUCGAACAAGGCCAUGUCGAUGACGAGGACUGGAAAGGUGAUGUGGAGAUGAACCGCCCUGGAAAGGUCGGGUUUCGAGUGAGAGCGUCCAAGAAGAAGAAUCAGAAGGACGAAGACGAGGACGAGGAUGAGGAUGAUAAAAAGAAGAGUGGCAAGACCAAAAAGGCACCCAAGCAACAAAAAGGCAAGAGGAAGACUGAUGAAGCUGACGAGGCCGAGGAGCCAGCCACUAAAAAGGCCAAAACGAGUGCCAAAGCUGGUGCAAAGAAGACCAAGGCAGAUAAGGCUAAACCACAAGACAGCAAAGAGCCUGAGGUAGAGGAAGAAGCCAAAGACGAGGAAGUUGAGGAAAAGAAGCCUAAGAAGUCCAAGACCAAGGAGGAGAAGGAGAAGAAGGCUACUGCUGCCAAAGAGAAGAAAGAAAAGGAGGAAAAGAAGCCCAAGGAGAAGGCUAAGGGAAAAGCGAAGGAGAAGGAAGAGGCGAAGGAGACGAAGGCGAAGGCGAAGGCAAAGAAAGACGAUACCAAAGACACCAAAGAGAAAAAGACGGCGAAGAAGGAUACCAAGGAGAAGGAGAAGAAAGAGCCCGAGCAGAAGAAAGAUACGAAAAAAGAAGAAGCAAAAGAGAAGAAAGAGAAGAAGCCAGCUGCAAAGGCACCGAAAAAGGCGGCUGACAAGGAUGCACCAUCCCGUCGAACGAGCGGAAGAGUGUCACGCACAAAAGCUGCUGCCACCUAA